AUGAAUCUCUAUCACUUCUUUCUCUUAUCGCUAGCUUCUGCACAGGGCCCGGUAGUUCACCUGAGCUACUCUAGCUAUGAAGGCAGUUCGCUUUCAAAUGGUGUAUCCCAAUUUCUUGGAAUGCGCUAUGCAGCGGCGCCUGUAGGUGAUCUGCGCUUCGAAGCUCCCCAGGAUCCACCGUUCAAAGAAGAAACCCAACAGGCCACGCGUCAUGGCCCGAUUUGUAUCCCCGUGGCAAAAAGUCCGGGUUCACCUGUAGAGAAUACACAGUCGGAAGACUGUCUCUUCAUGGAUAUUUAUACCCCAACUGACGCCGUGAACUCUGAAAGAAACCUUCCGGUCUAUUUCUUCAUCCAAGGCGGUGGCUUCGCAGAGCUUUCAAACCCCAAUUAUAAUGGUACUUUCUUAGUCGAAGCAUCAGGCCACAAUAUUAUUGUGGUGACUUUCAACUAUCGCGUGGGUCCAUUCGGUUUUCUUGCUGGCGAAGAAGUCGAGCAAGGUGCCAGCCUUAAUAACGGACUCAAAGAUCAACGCCAGGCUCUUCAAUGGGUACAAGAUCAUAUCAGCAAGUUUGGCGGAGAUCCCAAUCAUGUCGUUAUCGGUGGUGAUAGUGCCGGGGGAGCCUCGGUGACUUUGCAUCUUUCUGCCUAUGGAGGACGAAAUGACGAACUGUUCAUUGGCGCGGCAGCCGAAUCCCAGAGCUUCGGGACUAUGCUCAAUGUGUCAGAAAGCCAAUUUGCCUACAACAAGCUGGCAACAAACACGGGCUGUACCGACAGCAACAAUACUCUCGCAUGUCUACGGAGUCUCGACAUCAUCGACCUGCAACACCAAAACAUUAAAACGCCACUGCCAGGAGCAACUGGAGAUCCCUUAUACCUUUACAGCCCAACAAUCGAUGGCGAUUUGGUCCAAGAUCAUACCUUGAAACUAUUUCAUCAAGGCAAAUUCAUCAAAGUGCCGGUGAUAUUCGGCGAUGUCACAAACGAAGGCACAAUCUUCGUCCCAAGAAACACUUCCAGCACUGCUGAAGCCGACACAUUCAUCAAAAACCAGUUUCCCGUCAUCACGGAAGCUCAACUAGACAAAUUCAAUAGUAUGUACCUCACCAAGGACCAAACCAAAACCUAUCCCAAUGCCGGCCCAUACUGGCCCCCAACCAGCACCGGCUACGGCGAACUCCGCUAUAUCUGCCCAGGCAUCGACAUGUCCUCCACAUAUGCCUCCGCUGGCAUAUCCAGCUGGAACUAUCACUUCGCAGUUCUAGAUCCACACGAGGAAGAAGUCGGAACGGGGACCUCCCACACCGUGGAGGUGAAUGCAAUUUGGGGGCCGGACGGCGUGAGCACGGUGCCUCCAGCAUCAUAUUAUACGUCGAAUGCAGGAAUAGUCCCCGUAAUGCAGGGCUACUGGACGAGCUUCGUUCGGUCUUUGAACCCUAAUACGUAUCGGUUUCCAUCCAGUCCAGAAUGGGGAACUUGGGGUAGUGCGAAUGAUACAUAUCAUCGGAUCUUCAUUCGGACCAACCAGACUAAGAUGGAGACGGUAUCGCAGGACCAGAGGACGCGUUGUGAAUAUUUGCUUAGCCUUGGGGAGUAUUUGAGGCAGUAG